AUGGCUACUUCAGAUACCAGAAGGCGGCAGGUUGCCUGUUUUGCCCUAUCAGUUUAUGCAUUGACCAUUUAUGCCGUUUAUAAUUCUGCAAGAACGAGUGUUUCAUUCUUACAAGCUACUAUUAAAUUGACAACCGGUUUCAAUGUAGUCAUAUUAACCGUUUUCACCAUUUUAAACUCUGCAGUACUCUGGAAAUUAUCUACAGCAAUAUUAUUUGGUAACCUAAGCUUACUCGAAUAUGAACACAUUUUUGAAAGAUUGCCUUUUACCAUUAUAAACACUGUGUUCAUGUCUUCGAUGUUUCACGAACAGGAUUUCUUUACAGUUACACUAUUUGGGCUUUUAUUAUUAUACAUGAAAGUAUUUCAUUGGAUUUUGAAAGAUCGUUUAGAAGCUCUUUUGCAGUCAAUUCAUGAAUCAACUACUUUAAAGAGCUUGAUUUGCACCAGAUUUAGCUUUAAUUUGGUCUUGUUAGCAAUACUGGAUUAUAAAAUUGUUUCUGGAUGCAUUACCAAUUCUUUGUCCAAUAGUUUUGGUGCUUCCACCUCUGUUCAUUUGAUGGUUGGUAUGGAAUUUGCCAUGUUACUAAUUGAUCUUUUGAAUUUGGCCAUGCAUACGGUAUUAAACUUUUAUGAAUUUUACAGGACGCAAGUUGAUGCGCACUUAUCAAGUGUGGACACUGAUACUGAUGGUGGAGAUGAGGAAAAUGAAGAUGAGGAUGUUAAUGGAUCGUCCUUCGCAGGUCUCGAAGGUAAAUUUAUGUAUGAAAGAGUUAUCGAUGUCUUUACCAGGUUCCUCAAGACUUUGAUUCAUGCAAUCAUGUUAAUUCCAUUUAGAAUGUCAAUUUUAUUGAUCAAAGAUGUAUUUUGGGAUGUUUUAACUCUAUGUCAGAUUGUAUCGAGUCUUUGGAGAAUUUGGCAGAAUAAUAAACAAUUAGAUGAUAAAUUGAAAACGAUGUCGCCUGUGGAAUUGUCUGCAACUGAUAACAUCUGUAUCGUUUGUAUGGAUGAAUUAUGCGCAGAUUUGGAGGAAGUGGUUCAAGGUCCAGACCGUGAGAAGGUUGCAAAAACUGGUAAAUACAAGCCAAAGAGAUUGCCCUGUGGACACGUCCUGCAUCUUUUCUGUCUCAAAAAUUGGAUGGAAAGAUCUCAAACUUGUCCCAUCUGUAGAUUACCUGUAUUUGACGAAAAUGGUAAUGUAGUACAAUCACAGAGUUCAACAACUAACCGUACUACACAGGCGACAAACCAGUCUACUAAUGUGACUACUACUGCUGCAACGACGACAACGACGACAACGACGACAACGACUACAUCCACAACCGAAAUGGAUUCUUCUGGUGGUUCAACGGCUUCUACGCCAUCCUCUCGCCAAUCAACUCAACAGACUCUCGGAGAUCUUACACCAACUCCAACAACUGCUGAUUCAAAUUCAAAUAUUGCAAACCUUUGGUACUCUUAUCCUAUUCAAGAGGCGAAAGAUGGUGUUGUCACUUUUAGUCUAAGGGAUUCAGUAUCCGGUAAUCCUGUAAGGGCCAAAUUAACACUUAAUAAUGAUAAUGAAACUCAAAGAAUUACGAUCCCUAACGAAUGCAUACAUCACCUUGAAUCCAUUCAAGGUUUGAAAAGAAGAAUAUCUGAAUUAGAAGCUCAAGUUAGAGAAAUGAGUGAACAUUAG